AGCCGCUUGGGCUCAAGCUAUUUAGGCUCAGGGUCCCAUGUCGAUUGAAACGUUCUGCGGAUUGGGUCCCAACAGUGAUGCCAGCAGCCUUCGCCCGUGGUAUCCUCAGACUCUGCGUGGCUGGAUGUGCAAUCAUCGCUUUGUUUUUGGUGGUAGCUCAUGGGUCACACCUAUAUUUCCACAGUCCAGUCAUCGCUUUAGCAUUGGGCGCCAUUGUUGCCAUUACUGCAGUGGUUACUGUGAUCUUGUUGGGGUUUGGUGUUUCGGGUCUUCGGGAAUUGGUGCGGCAUCUGAUCUUUGUCCCCCUUUCGAGCCGCAGUGUCCAGGAUCCACUGUUGGAGGCCAACGAUAAAUUAGACAACCUGGAAAACUUGUACAUGCGAGAGUCGACGGCAGGGGCUCGGUUACCACCCAGCCGUUAUGCGCUGUGCCUAUGUCCUUGCUAUGCGAUCUCAGGCUACGAGAAUGGUGACCCGAUCGUGGGAGCUUGCUCGGGAGAUGCCAGGCGUGCUUGGGCACCUCUAUGGGGAUCCCUGUAUGCACUUUGGAAAUGGCAACCGAACCCAGGAAAGAUCAAAGGAGACGGCCGGCAACGGACGAUUGAACGUCCUUGCAUCGCAGCCGUUCUUGUUGGCAGUCCUUGUGCGAUCUCUUUCUGGGAAUCUGGGGAUCUCAUCAUGGGCCUUUGCAGUGGCGACGCCAAAUCUGCAGUAGUUGCCCUUCUCUGCAGUUGGGGCACGGCUUUUUUCUGGUACGCCCCUUGCGCCUGGAGACCGAAGCCUGGCUUAUUCUACCGAUCGUCGAGCAUGCACUCUGGUCCAGAUGAUCUGGAGCUGAGCCAGCUGGUCGGGAAUCCAGUCGCAGCAAGACAAGGUGGAUCUCUGGCAGCCGAGCCCGUCCAGAACUAUCUGGUCUGCCGCAACUAUCACGUAGGGUUCCAGCGGCAGGUGGAAUUAUAUUCUGAAGAUCUUGGGGCGAACGAGACACUCGAGGAUUGUUUGGACACAUUGGCUAAGAGUGAUACGGCCAUGGCAGCUUGGGAGCAUUGCAGCAAGUUGCUUUAUGCCCUCAAGGUUCCCAGAAGUAUAUCUCUGAAGGCCGAUGUGCCAUAUCACCAUGCUGAAGGUUUCACAACGUUCCAGAAAAGGUGGAUUACCUUGAGAAACCGGCAUCUUGACCUUACCCAUGGACCCCGUGGUUUAUACAAGGGUACCCUUGGAGAGGCCUGGUCGAUCGAAGAGUGCAUCAUAGUCUUGCUAGACCGUCCCGACAUCAACUACGCCGUUUGGCGGAAAGACAAAGACAACAUGCUGCACAUAUUCGACACCUCGCAGAGGGUCGUCAGCAACUCUAUGAGGUACUACGAGCUGCCGAAGGCCGUCAGCUUCCAGAGGUCCGGAGCCGCGACCCUGGCCGAGGAGCGGAGCCGCGUCCUCGACGAGGACGCUGCCCAGGACGCCAGGCGCCAGGCAGCGGAUGCCGAGCACGAGAAGGCGGGCUAAUCCGAGAGCUGGCCGAACGAGCGAGCAACCGCGCGGGCUGACGCGGCGGGCGCGCGGCGCACGCGCGCGCGCGCCGCACCCGGGGCUUCAGCGCAUUACCAAGGGGCAUCAUCUCCGAGGGCGCCUCGAUCCC